AAAUAUGCCCUGUAAAUUAGACCGAAGUCGUUGAAGAACUCACAUAUGGAGAUAAACAUUAUCAAUAAGAUGUAUGACGGAGGAGAGGAUUUAGUCACAAUCAAUGGUACUUUACAGAGACAACUUAUAAACACGCAGCUUGGUAAAACACUUCAUAAAUGUGAUGUUUGUGCUAGAGAAUUUUGUCAAAUUAGUCACUUAAAGAGACACGUGAGAACACAUACAAGUGAAAAACGGCAUAAAUGUGAUGUUUGUGCUAGAGCAUUUAUUCAAGGUGUAGACUUAAAGAGACAUGUAAUAACACAUACUGGUGAAAAACCUCAUAAAUGUGACGUUUGUGCCAGUAAAUUUUCUAGAAGUGAUGACCUAAAAAGACACAUGAGAAGACAUACUGGUGAAACACCUCAUAAAUGUGACGUUUGUGCCAGUAAAUUUUCUAGAAGUGAUGACCUAAAAAGACACAUGAGAAGACAUACUGGUGAAACACCUUAUAAAUGUGAUGUUUGUGCUAGUGAAUUUUCUCGAAGUGAUGAGCUAAAGGUACACAUGAUUACACAUACUGGAGAUAAACCUUAUGACUGUGAGUUAUGUGGUAAAGGGUUUAGUCAGCAUGGUAAUUUACAGAGUCACAUGAGAACACAUACAGGUGAUAAACCCUAUGGCUGUGAUGUAUGUGGUAAACGGUUUAUUCAGAUUGGUAAUUUAAAGAGUCACAUGAGAACACAUACAGGUGAUAAACCUUAUGACUGUGAUGUAUGUGGUAAAGGAUUUAGUCAGCUUGGUAAUUUACAGAUUCACAUGAGAAUACAUACAGGUUAUAAACCUUAUGAAUGUUAUGAAUGUGGUAAGGGGUUUAGUCAGCAUUGUGGUUUACAAAUUCACAUGAGAACACAUACAGGUGAUAAACCUCAUGACUGUGAUGUAUGUGGUAAAGGGUUUAGUCACAUUGGUAGUUUACAGAGACACAUGAUAACACAUACAGGUGAUAAACCUCAUGAGUGUGAUGUAUGUAGUAAAGAGUUUAGUCACAUUGGUAGUUUACAGAGACACAUGAUAACACAUACAAGUGAUUAACUCCGUGAAUGUUAUGUUUGUUGUAGAAUAUUUGUUGGAAGUAAUGACUUAAAGAUACUGGUAGAAAACCUUAUGACUGUUGUAAAGGGUUUAGUAAGCGUGAUAGUUUACAGUGACACGUGUGAUAAACUCCGUAAAUGUUAUAUAUGUGGUGAAAUAUUUGUUGGAAGUUGUGACUUAAAGAGACAUGAGAACAUAUACUGGUAGAAAACCUUAUGACUGUUGUAAAGGGUUUAGUAAGCGUGAUAGUUUACAGUGACACGUGUGAUAAACUCCGUAAAUGUUAUAUAUGUGGUGAAAUAUUUGUUGGAAGUUGUGACUUAAAGAGACAUGAGAACAUAUACUGGUAGAAAACCUUAUGACUGUUGUAAAGGGUUUAGUAAGCGUGAUAGUUAACAGUGACACGUGUGAUAAACUCCGUAAAUGUUAUAUAUGUGGUAAAAUAUUUGUUGGAAGUUGUGACUUAAAGAGACAUGAGAACUUAUACUGGUAGAAAACCUUAAAAAUGUGAUGUAUGGGGUAUAGGGUUGUGUGAGAGUUGUAAUUUAGAUAGACACACGAGAAUAUAUACAGUCAUAGAUGCAAUCAAUUUUCUUUUUGUGCCAAAUAAAUAUUUGAAGAAG